AUGCCAGCCAAGGGAAAGUACCUGCUGAAUGAUCAGGAGCUGAAAAAUGAGGCACUGUAUCGCAAAUUCUCCUGCAUCAGUCAGUAUCAACCGCUGGUGCUUCUGCUGGGCCUCUCUAUGCUCUCCUGUGGAAUCCUCCUUAUCCUCUUCUUUGCUCUUCGACUGAGUGCAGAGGAACACUGUGCCUUUGUGAGCGUGGUAAGCGGCAGCUUAUGUGUAUUCCUUGCUGUGUUUGUGCUGGUGUGUACGGAGAUGCUCUCACAGCGAUGGAGGCGUCUCCUGGGUCUUAUUGUGUGGGCCACACACCUAACCCUGGGCUACACCUUCAUCUUCAGCGGCCCCAUCAUCCUGCCUUGGGAUCAGGUGCCUUUCUUCCUCUUCAUCAUCUUCACAGUGUACACAAUGCUGCCGUUUCAGUUGUGGUACGCUGUGGUGUUGAGCGUCAUCUCCUCACUGUCUCACAUCAUGGUCCUUUCUCUGCGCCUCACCAUCAACAACGUGAAGCCCAACCAAUACCUAGCUAGCCAGCUGCUGUCCAAUGCAGUGGUGUUUCUGUGUGGCAGCUUGGUGGGAGCCUUUCAUAAGGUCCUGAUGGAGAAAACCCUAAGGCAGACCUUCCAGGACACACUGAGGUGUCUGAGCAUGCGCAUGAAGCUGGAGAUAGAGAAAAGACAGCAGGAAAACCUUCUGCAGUCUGUUCUGCCGGUCUACAUCUCCAUGAAGAUGAAGCUGGCAAUUAUGGAACGCUUGCAAGACUGUAAAGACAAAGAAGAGCAACAGCGACUUGUUAAAGAUAACAACUUCCACAGCCUUUAUGUCAAGAGGCACGAGAAUGUCAGCAUCCUUUAUGCUGACAUUGUUGGUUUUACCCGACUGGCCAGUGACUGUUCUCCCAAGGAACUGGUCAUUAUGCUUAAUGAGCUGUUUGGCAAGUUUGACCAAAUCGCUAAGAAAAACGAGUGUAUGAGAAUCAAGAUCCUUGGAGACUGCUACUACUGUGUGUCAGGGUUGCCAGUGUCUUUGCCCAAACACGCCAAGAAUUGUGUCAAAAUGGGCCUCGACAUGUGUGAAGCCAUCAAGCAGGUGCGGGAGGCCACAGGAGUGGACAUCAACAUGAGAGUGGGUGUUCACUCAGGCAAUGUGCUCUGCGGCGUCAUUGGUCUUCGCAAGUGGCAGUUUGAUGUGUGGUCACAUGAUGUCACUCUGGCCAAUCACAUGGAGUCAGGAGGUCUUCCUGGGCGUGUCCACAUCACAGAAGCAACUCUGAAACACCUGAACAAGGCUUAUGACGUGGAAGAGGGGAAUGGCCACCUCAGGGACCCCUACCUUAAGGAGCUCAAUAUUCAAACAUACCUAGUCAUUGAUCCGCGAUCUAAGGAUCCAUCACUUACUACCCGUAGUGCAAAACCUUGGGUGAAUGACGGCCUGAAAAUGCGGGCAUCAGUGCGUAUGACUCGCUACCUAGAAUCGUGGGGGGCUGUUAAACCAUUUGCCCACCUUCAGAACCGAGAAGGCUUCACCACAGACAACAUGGUCAACGGAAAAUCAAUCAGCAAGGACAUACCCCUGCGAUCACCUGCUGGUUCUAAACUCACUGAGAGUUUUGAUGAGUCUCUAGAGGAGCCGUUCUCCUUGCCUGCCCCUCCGUUCAGCAGCUAUAAGAACAAGUCCCAGAAGAGCAAGUUUGAUGAGGAGCUGCACAACGAGAUGACUACUACUAUAGAUGAGCUCAGCAGCAAGCAGUGGUCGAAAUCUGAAGAUACAGGCAGUUUAGCACUUUGGUUUCCAAAGAAAGAUCUGGAAAAACAGUAUCGAGCUCUGGAUUUGCCAGUGUUCAAACACUAUGUUGCCUGUGCCACCAUUAUCUUCUUCUGCAUCUUUUUGGUUCAGAUGCUUGUCACAAAGGAUCCACAGAUGUUGGGGAUGUCAUUUGCAGUAUUGGCUUGUGUCCUGCUGCUCAUCCUGGCCGUGUGUUUCGCAAGCAACCUACAGCGCCUGUUUCCAGAGAAGCUUUCACGUUGCCAGUGGCUUCCUGCUUUGUCUGAAGCAGUGGUUAAGCAGCCAUGUGUGCGCCUCCCUUUGGCCACCAUCACUACUGCGGUUAUCAUUAUUUUGGCAGUAUUCAACCUGUGCUUUGUCCAGACAUGUGUGACCAACUGUACCAGUAACAUUCAUGAUAUACUUCACUCAAAUGACUCCUAUAAGCAGGAUUUAGAGAGGGAGCUCUUCUACCUGCCUUACUCCGUAUUCUGCUGUAUUCUAUCUCUUGUUGCAUGUGGAGUCUUCCUGAGAGUGAGUUUUGAGCUCAAAGUGCUCUUCCUCACCCUGGCCUCCACAAUAUACUACAUCAUAAUCCUCACCUCCAAACGGGACCUCUUUGUGACCUACGGAAUCGUCCUCUAUGCUCAGGUUGCUGACAGCUGGAACUGCAGCAGAGGUGAAGAGUCCAUUCUGCAAUGCAUAGGCCUGGUAAAGCACCCACAGGUGAUGAGCUGCAUAUACAUCACCCUUUUCCUGGUCACUAUGCUCAUCAUCUCACAGCAGAAUGAGUCCUGCUUCCGACAGGACUUCUUGCUGAAGUACAAGAACCACACAGAGCAGGAUGAGAUCGAGACCAGGGAGAACCUGAACCGCCUGCUGCUGGAGAAUGUGCUUCCUGCUCACGUGGCUGCACUGUUUGUUGGAGAAAAUAAAAAGAAUGAGGACCUCUACUACAAGUCCUAUGACUGUGUGUGUGUGAUGUUCGCCUCUGUACCAGAUUUCAAAGAAUUUUACACAGAAUGUGACAUAAACAAGGAAGGCCUGGAAUGCCUGAGGCUCCUCAAUGAGAUCAUCGCUGAUUUUGACGAGCUGCUGUCCAAGCCCAAGUUCAGCGGCGUGGAGAAGAUCAAGACGAUUGGCAGCACAUACAUGGCUGCUGCAGGACUUAGUGGGACGCCCGGUCAGGAGAACAAUCAGGACAAAGAGCGGCAGCAGGCGCAGAUAGGGAUCAUGGUAGAGUUCGCCAUCGCCCUGAUUGGCAAGUUAGAUGGCAUCAACAGACACUCCUUCAACAGCUUCAGGCUGCGUGUGGGUAUUAAUCAUGGCCCAGUGAUAGCAGGAGUGAUCGGUGCAAGGAAACCUCAGUACGACAUCUGGGGCAACACAGUCAACGUCGCCAGUAGGAUGGAGAGCACCGGAGAGCUCGGAAAGAUCCAGGUUACACAGGAAACGUCAGGCGUUCUGCAGAAGCUGGGCUACUCGUGUGAAUGUCGAGGACUAAUCAACGUGAAGGGGAAAGGGGAGCUGAUGACCUUCUUUGUGUGUACUGACAUGAGCAAGCAGCAAGGUAUGGGGCUGAGCUGAGGCCAGGUGGUCUCGACCAGUGGGACUGGCUGCUGACUCAUGUAAUGAAGUCAAGAGUUUACACCCCUACACACCACAAGUGUUGAGACAGAGCUGAAUCUAAUCCAGCUGUGUUCCUGUCAUGUUGCUGAAUGAAAUUACUGAGGAAUUGCCUUCUCGCUGUCACAUGGACAUCGCGCUUAAAGCUCUCCACCGGGGACCUGCUGCACUGAUCCGACAUGUUUGUGCUGGAGAGACGGUCAGUACGUACUCAUCCUUUUCUAUUCAAACACUCUUAUGUCCAGUGAUGAGUCACUUUUGUACUUUUCUGUCUUUAACCUAGAUGUUGUUUGUGAUAGGAACAUGUGUAUCGUACUAAUGCCAAAUGCAGUGUGACAUUUUUGAAGACCUUCUUUGGGACUUUAAAAAAACAAAACAAUGGAUUCUGUUUGGAUCUUACUUUGAAGCCCGUAUGAUUUUCUGUUUGGAUACUUUGCUCUAUUACUGUGUAAUAAGCAAGACACGUGAUGUCAGGCGAUUUGGCAGAGCUCUUUUGAUAAAAUGUUGGCAGAAAAAUACCUUUUCCUUUGUAAAAACCAUAACAUAGUCAUGGUUGCUUUGUGGCCAAGUUGCAGUUCUUUAACUCCUUAAUUACCUAUUUAUCUGCCGCCUCUGACUAACAUUAGAACGUGGCAUUAACCCUAUUUGGAUGUGCACAUUGUGCAGGUUCUAGCUGUGCAGCUUGGCCAGAGUAACAGUUUAAUAUUUUAU